UACUGCCCUCUAUUAGUGAACGGCGGGAAUUACACGUCGCUACAGAAACUGGGUGCAAAAUACAUACCGCCUUUCGGAUUGAAAAUAAAUAACUUCUUUCAUUAAAAUCAUGCAAGUUUGCAAAUCGUACUUUCCCAAGGAUAUACUAAACAAUAACAAAAACGUUGGUAACACUUCUUAACUUUAACAUUGGCAGAGGAAUCAUCUGGCACCUACAAAAUGCUUGGACUUCAAGAAACAAGGUCUACUGGAAGUCCUAAAACAUACAGCUGUGUGGCAUGCUCAGCUACUUUUCAUAAUUUGGCAUCACUCCUGGUGCACCAAGCGUCUCAUGCAAGUGAUAACUCUCAACAGCCAGAAUCAGCACUACCUACUUGUGUCAGCUGUGGAAGCUUAUUUGCGAGCAAAGAUCUCCUUGAAAAACACCACUGUGUAAUGUUGCCCACUCCAGCAUCUCCAGUCCACACCUACAUAUGUGACUGUGGCGAGGAGUUUAGUGGACUUACAGCUCUUGAAGACCACAAAAAACAACAUGGGUCAGAAUACAAGGUCAAAUCAGAUUUGGAGAGUAUUCCAGUUCCAGAAUCAGCACUACCUACUUGUGUCAGCUGUGGAAGCUUUUUUGCGAGCAAAGAUCUCCUUGAAAAACACCACUGUAUAAUGUUGCCCACUCCAGCAUCUCCAGCCCACACCUACAUAUGUGACUGUGGCGAGGAGUUUAGUGGUUUUACAGCUCUUGAGGACCACAAAAAGAAACAUGGUUCAGAAAACGAGGUCAAAUCAGAUUUGGAGAGUAUUCCAGUUGUGCCAGAUAGCAAAACAGACUCUAGCCGUCCUGUCUCAGACCAAGUUUUUCACAGCCUUUCACCAUCCCAUUCCAAUGAAAAACCCCUUGCACAAAGCCCACCUCCUACUUCAAACACUAACAUCAAGAAGGACGAAUCCAAUGAAUCUGCAGACAUGGACCGCAACGAAUCUGCAGACAUGGACAGCAAUGAAUCUGCAGACAUGGACAGCAACGUCUUGAAGCCAUCUGAAUCCCACCCUGUGACCGAAGAGCAAGUGCAGUUACCUGAGAAGGACAGUGAUGCUUUAAAAACCUCCAACGUGGUAAACCAUUCUGUGCAAGACCAUGAGAAAUCACCAGAAUCUGGCGAAGAUUCAGCUGCAUUUAAUAAGAAAUCAAUCCUGAAGAUGCUAGCAUCUGCCUACAUGAGUCAUAGACAACCCAUCCAAAUGAAACAGAGGAACUUGCCCCCCAGAAAAGCUUCACCGAGAGCACCAAUGCAACCUGCGAUCACCAUGACAAUACCAAAACCCAAGCCACUGGAGAAUCAAUCAAAGAUAAAAAAAGACAACACAGUGGUCGGUGUGAAAACUGCAAAGAUGUUGCCUAAGAAGAGCAAGAUUAUAUCUGUGACACAAACUCUCUGUCCCGUGGUGGUUCUUGAGACUCGUCAAAAACUUUUUGGCCGGGACAAUGUGGAAGGUAGACAUCAGUGCAGACUCUGCCGUAGGGUUUUCCAAGACGUAGACACCUUGAUAAUGCAUCAUGCCCUGCAUAAAAAAGAAAGAGUUAAAUUUUGUCUUUGUUGUCAACAAUUUGUGAUAACGGUAAUCUCCAUCCCAGAAAGCCAUGUCUGCUAUGAUGGAUUUUCUAGAAACCAUCAACCUUUGAUGGGAAAAAUGUCUCUGAAACCAAUCAGCCCUACAGCUCAACAGACAGAAAAAAUGUUCUACUGUUCUUUAUGCAAGCGUGGCUACACACGCAUGCGCAGCCUCAAAAAGCACAACUGUCCGUGUAAAGCUUCUCUGAAAUCCCCGACCACUGUAGGCACCAGCGGUAAUGUCAAACUUCAAAACUUGGAGGAGUGCAAUAGAGCUGUCCUAAACUCGAAAACAAAUCAAAUGUCAACACAGCAUAUAAAUAUUGGCGUAGGCACAGAGCCGAUAAAGAUUGAGGAACAGAACACAGAACUUCCUAUCGGCAAGAAAGAUCAGACUGGGCUGAAGAUGCAGCUGAAGGACCAGUUAAAUCCCCCAAAAACCCUUGAGUCCGUCUUUGCCAGCGUUUCUAACUCCAAACCAACUGAAUCAACUAAAAACUCUGUUGAAAUACCAGCCAACACUGUUGACGUAAAACAAGAGGAAAGAGAUCAGUUGGUUGAAAAGCAGUGGACCAUGCCUUUGGAUGAUGCUGAAAUUGAUGUACUAAUAGAUGUGGAUCAAGAGGACUCGGAUGAGGACGAUUUGACAGAUGUGGCUAGAGACGACUGUGAUGAAGCUGAGGAUGUUGUCAUUGUGGAGCCUCAUGAGGACAAGGAAAUGAAGUCAGCAGUACCUAGUAAUGGCUUUCAGGUGCAUGUGACUAACAAAGGCUUGAAGAGGUUUGUUUGCAACGGGUGCCAGAGAAGCUAUUCCCGCCUGUUUACUCUAAAGGAGCACUUGAGUAUUUGUGGGGCAAGAAAGUUAAAGCAGCAAAAUGUUACAUCAUCUAAUACGGCUGGGCCGAUUAAAAGGUUUCCAUGUCCUCAGUGUGGUAAGUUCUUUAGCCGCAAAGACAAUAUGAAUAUGCAUCAAAAGAAGUGCCAUCCUGCAACAAACACUGAUUCAGUAGUAAGUAACAGAACCGUGGAGCCUAAAACACCUGUGGCUCAGGAAAACGUAUUCGUCCUGUCACCAUCUACAGAAAACCAAGCAGUCCGACAAGAAAGCACUCCGAAUACUAGCAGUAACAGAAACUGGGGGAUCAUGUCACUUCCAUCUGUGCUCCCAAGAAGAGUGACGUGCGAAUGCGGAGCCUCGUUCACUUGUCCUCGACUUCUCUUCGAACACCUGCAACAGCAUGCGCAGGAGUCCUACAUUUGUCCACACUGUGGUGAGAACCUGCAGUCGUGGAUGGAUUUUGAGGCACAUCAGCAGUUGCACCAAUCUCAAAGCUCUGCAAGUGAGCAAAGAGCUGCCCAGCAACAACCUCAUUCGUUUUCCCAAGCGCUACCAUCACGCGCUCCGACUCGGCCGCAACAGUCUCCAGGUUUUUCUGAGCAUAACAUAAAAGCCCAACCGCCUGGACUCUUGGCACCUCAACAUUUGAACAACAGGCCAUUUCCUGAGGCACUGACUUGCCAUAAAUGCAAAAAGAACUUCAGUCUCCGCAGUUCCUUGUUAAGACACUUACGAUUGCGUUGUACUGGCGAUACUGCAGGUCAGAAGAAACACACCUGCUCUCGUUGUGGUACAACAUUCCAAAGCCCAUUGAUGCUUAAAGUUCACAUUCAAAGCAAUACCUGUAAACCCGCAUUUAAACCGAUUCGGUGCCCGGUGUGUGUGCGUUGGUUCAGUUGUCUAGAUGGGCUCAAGAGACAUCUGGUCUCACACAGCAGGCAGUCUGUCUUAACAUGUCAGAUUUGUGACCAGAACUGUCCAACCCCUCAGGCACUCGAGGAGCAUAAAAGAAACGUUCAUAGACUCAACAGCGGAAUGAGGCCAGCAGAGGAUGCACAAGAACAGUUGCAUCAAGCAGGUGCACAAACCAGUCCAUCUACUCCUUUUCAAUGUCACAUUUGUCUUCGCUACUAUCCAAAGCUUCAGUCCCUGAAGGAUCACUUGAGGAAAGUUCAUCGGCCUAAACAGCCGAACCAAACUAAUCGGAGUACCGUAGAACCGGUCCGUUCUGGACCGUUUCAAUGUCAGAUAUGUGACCGCUCCUAUCCUAACAUAAAAUCUUUGAAAAACCACCGAAGAAGAGUGCAUCAUAUUGUGGGUGGUGUGUUUCUGCCAUCAAAGGGAACUGAGCAAAACAUCACUCCCAAUCAGUUUCAGUGUCACAUUUGCCCAUGCAGCUAUCCAGAUGAACAAUCCCUCCGAAACCACAGAAGGAGGGUCCAUCAUAUAGUGGAAGGUCAUGAGCUGUCGAGGGGAGUCGCUCAACACCAUCUAUAUAAGUGUCAGAUUUGCCAGCGCAGCUAUCCUGAUGCAGUGUCCCUUAGAAAUCAUAGAAGGAGAGUUCAUCGCCUAUUAGGGCCAGUGCCUGAAACACCACCACCACCAACAACAACGAAUAAUGACACAGAAGAUGCUCUAGAGCAGAAACCGAUACCUUUCCUUUGAACGGUGUUCAUGCAUUCAUAAAAGGUGGAUCUGCUGCUUGCCUUUAUUGCUGUAUAUGCAAUCAAAAUGUUGAAAAAGAAGUCAUAAGGCAGCACCUGUUGAGUACAUUAUACCAUUUAGUAGUAAAAAAUCAUUUAGAAUAGUUAAAGUUUCAUAUCUGAUCAGUAGUGUAACAGGUUUUUUUGUCUUGUUAAUACAUUGUUCAGCUUCCUCUGUAUUUCAUUGAUGUUGCCUUAAUUUAAUUCAUCUAUUAAAUACAGAUUAUUUUUCCCCCAAUACAAACCGAAAGAUUUUUGGCUAAUGCACUGUAUAAAUGUAAAAUAGAACAGUUAAGUGCUGUUUUUAAGGUAGCCAAUGUGUAUUAGUGUACUGUAAAUACAUUUUGAUGUAAACAUGUCCUACGUUGCGUCAAUAAACACAAUAGUGACAUCAUUCUAAGUCUCCAAUAAACCAACAACAGGUGUGGUCAUGCACACGUUCAUUUAAGAUGAAACUUCUGAGGGUUUUAUACUGUGCUAAAUGUUGCUAGUAAUAGUCAAACUUGCUGGACACAUCUAAAUGAUACAGAUUGAUACGGUGAGCUGAUUAAGUAGUAAAUCUGAUGGACUAAACAAAUAAAUACAUGAGCUGCUUUAAGUGCUCAGUCAACAAUGGUAAAUUUGCAUCUGAUACAAAGCCUCAGGAGGGACACAAAAAUGUCAGAAUUGUCUUUUAAUUGUCAUGUGGUAGGAGUUCUUUAGUGCUUGUGUAAGUUUCUGUAUGUUGAAUUUAGUUUACACAAUAGCAAACAUGAAAAACAUGGGUUUACAUUUUGCAAGGAUAAAAUUAAUUCUAUACUAGUACAUUUUUACCAUACAAAUAAGUAAAUUAAUAUCAGUUCGUAAUCUGCAUUAGGAACAAUUAAUAAUGAUCAGUAGUAGGCUAUAUUUAUAAUUUUACAUGAACUUUGAUUAAUACAUUAUGUAAAUAUUGCUAAUUGUUAGUUUGUGAUGCCUGUUAAUGAAUCAACAUGAUACUCAUUUCUGUGUAAACGAAAUGCAGCAUCAGAUCAGCCCUUUGUCACGACAUGUACAGUGUUUA